GUUAGCGUGUUCACAAGAUUCUAGAGAGAGAAAGGGGAAUAGUCAAAGCAGCUGCAGGAAUGGCUCAGCAUACAGUUGGGUAUUUGUAAUGGUAAUCAUUUUGGGGUUACAGGUGAAGAUUAGAACCUCGUGGACCAGAUAUUUCUUUUUCUCUUUUGCAGCAUUACAAAUAAGAAACACAACAGUACCCAUAGCUAUAUCCAUCAGUACCUCUUGAGGAAUUUGCAGACACCCUCUUCAUCUUCGUCUCUCUCUCUUCCUUUUCUUUUUUGUCUUCAUAGCCUAUAUAUGCUGUAGCUAUAAACCUCAACAUUUGUAACGGGUUUUGCCUAAAAAGGGUAUUCUUUUCAAAGCUCAACAUAAGGGGUUCUUGUUCUUGAAGCUCUAUAUAGAAAACCCCUCAAAAGUUCUUUAUUUCGAGAAGACCCUCGGGGAUUUUAUUUAUUUUUUCUUUGUUUUUGUAACGAAGAUUGAAGGAUGGGUAGUUGUGGAAGGAACAGCGGGGUGAGGCAAUACAUAAGAUCAAGGGUGCCUAGAUUAAGAUGGACUCCUGAUCUUCAUCAGUGUUUUGUUCAUGCCAUAGAGAGGCUUGGAGGCCAGGACAAGGCAACUCCAAAGCUUGUUCUUCAGUUGAUGGAUGUUAGAGGACUCACCAUUUCUCAUGUUAAAAGUCAUCUACAGAUGUACAGAGGCAUGAAGUCUGAUAUGAGCAAACAAGACAGAAGCAGCAGUACACAGCAAAAGAAAAAGUUUCUUGAAGAAGAUCAUCAAGAAGGAUGUGUUGAACAAGAAAAUCCCUUAGAAAGAUCAGAUUCAAAGUUCAUUUAUUAUUCUCCUCUUCCUGUAAAAAGAGCUCGAAUCGAGGAGAUUAAUUCUUUCUCAGAGAAGCAAAGAAUAAGUGAGUCAGUCGCAAAUCCGUAUUGUGAUGAUGAUUACAUGCAGACUAGGGCUGAGAAAGGUGUCAAAGGAGAGAGUAAAUUCAAAUGGCAGGUUCAAGAAACACCUCCGAUGUGCACUGAUUUCUUACACAACCUCAAUUCUUUAGCCACUGAAGGUUCACUAGUAGAAUCUGAGUUUUUCAAGGUGAUUCCGAACCAAGAGAAGGAAAAAUGUGAAUCAUUCAAGCAAAGGAAACUCGAGAGCUCAUGCCAUAUUCACACUGCAGGUGACGAAACUAAGGGUUGUGAAUUGUCAUUGUCGCUCUCAUUGCAUAAAAGUAAUGGUUCUUCCACAAGCGAAAUCAUGAGUGAGGCAGUAUCGUCGACCUACACCAGUAGUUUGAACACUAAUCGACCCUCGGCUUCUUCGCAAAAUCACAAUGUUAAUCUAGACCUCUCUAUUGCUCUAUGUGGUGCUUGAUCUUGUAGAGAAGGAUUUUGAAUUCAGCUCUUAAUUUCUAUACAUUAUAUUUCGAUCGACUAU